AUGAAGGAUGAAGAUCUUAUUCGUGAAAUUACAAGUCGAGUUGAAAAACGUCGAAGCGAGCAUAAAUUAAAUUCAACUGAUGAUAUUAUAGUUUAUUAUUAUGCAGUAGAACCUAAAACAAGUGAAAUUGCUUAUAUUAUAACGAAACAACAAAAUGAAAUUGAAACAAUUCUCAAAAAACAAUUUGCUUCGUUAAACAAUUUAACAAAUAAAGAUAAUAGUAAUGUUGUUAUUACUAAGAAACUCUUCCUUUAA